AUGACCGUCACCAAGAACUUGUUAGCCGUGCGUGCCAAGGUGGCAGAGGCUAUAGCGAAAAGGGUAGGAACGCAGCAAUGUACACUUGUAGCUGUAAGCAAGACCAAGCCUCUGGAGGAUCUCAAAGAAGCGUACGACGCUGAUCAACGCCAUUUUGGCGAGAAUUACAUUCAAGAAUUAGUCCAAAAGACACCAUUACUACCGGAAGAUAUUAAAUGGCAUUACAUUGGCCACGUCCAGUCAAAUAAAGCAAAAGUGCUUGUACGUGAUGUCCCUAAUCUCUUUAUGGUCGAGACAGUGGACUCGGUUAAAAUUGCCAAUGCACUGAAUAAAGCAUCAGGUGAAUUUCGUACCACGAAACUUCAUGUGAUGGUACAAGUGAAUACAAGUGGCGAAGAACAAAAAUCGGGUAUUUAUCCGGAUGAUUCCAUUGAGCUUGCUCGUCAUAUUGAGACAUCUUGUGAGCAUUUAAAGCUCACUGGACUCAUGACGAUUGGUCGCUAUGGAGACACGACGUCCGAGUGUUUUGAUCGCUUAGUAACCUGUCGUAAACAAGUGGCUGAGGCUAUGGGGAUGACUGAGACGGACUUGGAUCUAAGCAUGGGCAUGUCUGGGGACUUUGAGCUUGCGAUAUCGUGCGGUAGUACGUACGUUCGUGUGGGUUCGACCAUCUUUGGUGCUCGUGAUUACACGAAAAAAGAAUAG